CCCUUAGAAGACACCACCCAAAGCAGAAGAUCAAAGCAGCCGCUUGUACGUGUAUCUCUUGCUAGAUCUCUCUUACACGCCAACGAUAAUGGCCGCAGCAGCUGCAGGCUUAGUUUGGGCGACCUUGCUCAUGUGUGCUGCGCUCGGCGCCGGGGUCGAGAAUCCAUUCUUUCCUCCUGGUUCCGAGCCAGAGCCGGUGAGGAUAUACUCCCAGGAGAAUGCCGCGCUGAACGUGGCCGAACGCGACGGCAACGUUGUCCUCGCGUACGGCGACUGCUCGGACCUUAGACAGAAAUGGUUCAUUGUGACGUCCCCCCACCCCUCCGCACCGUUUGAGUUGCCGCCGCCUUUCGUGCUGCAGAAUGCGCAGACGUUUCAGGUCAUCAUCAUCCCAUCAGGCAGUGGACAGAAGGUGCGCCUGUCGUCUGAACCGCCUAUCAACCCACUGGACUGGCUGUCGUGGUCGCGAGCAGCACUCGAGCAGCGAUGGACGCCGGAGAAGUCCACACGUGCUGACCACUUUUACCAACUGUCGGUUACCAAGAGCGACCCAGCUCUUACCCUCAACGGCCUGUUGGGCAACGUACAUGACGGAACGGAGGUCGGCAUCUAUCAUGCAUCACCAGAUUCAGGGAACGCCAUAUGGCAGAUGACUUCAUACCCACUCUGCGCCCGCUGAUGAGUUAGAAGGCCACUGCGUUGUGCUUAUGUGUUUGCUGAAGAAUAAAUUUUACAUUGUUCUUUCCCUUAUUCAAUUUCCUCAUUCGUCAAAUUUGCGAUUGUUUGAAAAAUUGUACUACGUUUUUGUUGGUCCAGUACCAGUGUAAGCACAACUGAGUUCGUCUAUAAUAUUAUUAUUUAAGAA